UUUUUACAUCAAAAGUUAGUUACUUUCUUCGAGAAAGGUCUUUCAUUUCAUUUCCAAGCUUCCUCCUUGUAAUGAAGUUUGACCCUGUUAGCUUAUAAGCUUCUGCAAAAAAAAAAAAUGUAAACUUUGACUAUAUUUUCUGUAUUUCAAUUUCAGUAGCUUUUUUGGGGAAAAUUUUUUCUUGGGGUUAAUGGAUCCAAGGUUUGAAGGGUUUUCAGUUUUCCAGAAGGAAAACUUUAAGGAAUUUCAUUACCACCCAUCCGAACCACCAGCUUCAAGUUUGAGACAUGAAGAAGAUUUGUCUGAAGAUUGUGAUUUUUCAGAUUCAAUUUUGAGAUACAUAAAUGAUAUUCUCAUGGAAGAAGACAUGGAAGACAAAUCAUGUAUGCUUCAAGAAUCUUUAGAUCUUCAAGCUGCUGAGAAAUCAUUUUAUGAUGUACUUGGUAAGAAAUAUCCACCUUCACCUGAACAUAACAGUCGAAGUUUUGGGGACAACAAUGGGGACCUGUUACAAAACCAGACACAAAGCCCUAAUGUUUCUAGUAUAUCUCAAUCAUCAUAUAGUUCUUCUUCAAUGGUUAGUUUAGAUGGUAUGUUGGAAUCUCCAAAUAGUACACUUCAAGUACCUGAAUCAAUUUGGCAAUUUAAUAAAGGGGUUGAAGAAGCUAGUAAAUUUAUACCAUCGAAUGUGGAUCUAUUUGGAAAUUUUGAAAGUUACUCAAAAGGGAGGAAAUUUUCUAAUAGAGAUGAUGUUGCUGAUGAAGAUGAAAGGACUAGUAAACAAGUAGCUGUUUGUUCAGAAACAAGUGUUAGGUCAGAGAUGUUGGAUAUGGUGUUACUUUGUAGUUCCGGUAAGCCGCCGACCCGUUUCACGGCGCUCCGUGAUUCGUUACGGGAUGGGAUCGGUCGAAAAGUUCAACAAAAAGGCAGGGGAAAAAAACAGAGUGGGAAAAAAGAAGUAGUGGAUUUAAGGACACUGCUUAUUACUUGUGCACAAGCCGUUGCGGCUGGUGAUCGGAACGGGACAUCGAGCGAGUUAUUGAAGCAAAUACGACAACAUUCGUCGCCGUUCGGUGACGGGAAUCAACGGUUAGCUCAUUACCUCGCCGAGGCACUCGAAGCACGGUUAGCCGGUACGGGUAGUCAUAUUUAUAAGAGUCUUGUUAGUAAGAGAACUUCAGCUUAUGAUAUUAUGAAAGCUUACUUACUGUACGUUGCUGCUUGUCCUUUUAGAAAGGUUUCUCAUUUCAUAUGUAAUAAGUCUAUUAAUGUUGCAUCAAGGAAAUCAAUGAGGCUUCAUGUUAUUGAUUUUGGUAUUCUGUAUGGUUUUCAAUGGCCUACGUUAAUCGAGCGGCUUUCAUUGAGGCCCGAAGGUCCUCCGAAACUUCGGAUUACCGGAAUCGAUUUCCCGCAACCUGGGUUUAAGCCGGCUGAGAGAGUUGAGGAAACAGGGAGGCGUUUAGCAGCUUAUGCUGAAGAGUUUAAAGUGCCGUUUCAGUACAAAGCAAUAGCGAAGAAAUGGGAGACGGUCCGACUCGAGGAACUUGAAAUCGAGGAGGAUGAGUUCGUUGUUGUUAACUGUUUGUAUCGUGCUAAGAAUUUGCUUGAUGAAACCGUGGCGGUACACAGUCCGAGGAAUAUUGUUCUCAACUUGAUACGGAAGAUUAAUCCGAAUUUGUUCAUCCAUGGGAUUAUUAAUGGUGCUUUCAAUGCUCCAUUCUUUGUAACACGGUUCCGAGAGGCCUUGUUUCAUUUCUCAUCAAUGUUUGACAUGCUCGACGCGAUCGUGCCUCGCGAAGAUUGGGAAAGGAUGUUGAUCGAGAGAGAGAUCUUAGGCAGGGAGGCCUUGAAUGCCAUUGCUUGUGAGAGUUGGGAGAGAGUAGAGCGGCCGGAAACAGUCAAACAAUGGCAUGCACGUAUCCUAAGGGCCGGUUUUCUACAACAGCCAUUCCAACGGGAGAUAGUCAAGGAAGCAUUCGAGCGAGUCCAGACAUUUUACCACAAGGAUUUCGUGGUCGACGAAGAUAAGCUGUGGCUGGUACAAGGGUGGAAAGGCAGAAUAAUCUAUGCCCUUUCUGCUUGGAAACCUGCAUAAGGAUAUCGAAAAGUUAGGUUGCGUUCCACCCGGUUCCAGAACUCGUUCGUUACUGUACAUAUCAACGGAGGCACACAACAAAGCCACGAGGGGUCGGUAGGGGACUAAAGAAGACAAUACUUUGGAUGUCUCGAGAUAUACGUCUCGGAACCUGAGCAUUACCGGAAAUCUGCAGAUUUAGACAAGUGAACAUAUGGACAACUGAUUGCAAUACAUAACAGGUGAUGCUGUAAGAAGCAGAUUAUAUGGAAAAAGGUACACUUUUACAAGCUUUUGUUUGUAUGUUUAGCUGACUAUACAGGCAACUUGAACAGGGGAAAAAAGGAUUGUGAUAUUAACAUAUAACCAUGUUUUCCAAUUUUAACUUGUUCAAGUGGAUUUUCUGUGAUGAAAGCUAAUAUUCAUACCUUUGAAUACACAUAUUAAUGGAAUCACCUACAAUUUUAGUC